UUAGAUUGAUAAAUGAUGAAAAUGUGGUCGCCCCUGAUAAUUUGUCAACUCCAAACAACCUUCUUGUGGAAGGUGCAGAAUGGGUAGACUUGUUUGUAAGAGAAAUGAUGUGUGCUACCAGUAUGGAUGAUGCCAAAGCUCGUGCUGCAAGGCUGCUAGAGAUUUUAGAGAAGUCCAUCAGUUCACGUGCUGGUGUGGAGGCAACACAAAUUCUUCACAAGGAAAAUAUGAUGCUUAAGGAACAAAUUGAGGGAGUCAUGCGGGAGAAUGUCAUUCUCAAGCGUGCUGUGGCUAUCCAACAUGAACGUCAGAAAGAGUACGAGGAUAGGAGCAGAGAAAUGCAGCAUUUGAAGCAGUUGGUGUCUCAGUAUCAAGAACAAUUGCGAACACUUGAGGUGAACAACUAUGCCUUAUCAAUGCAUCUGAAGCAUGCUCAGCAAGGCGGCUCCAUUCCUGGGCGAUUUCAUCCUGAUGUCUUCUAAGAAACAGAUGGAAGGAAGUUGGGGUUCAAUAAUAGGAAAGGAGAGGGAUGUGAUUACCCCAAGGAAAGGUUUGUUGAUGUUUGCUAGAAUCUCUCUCUUUGUCCAUGCCAGUUUUCAGCAAAGCCAAUGCCCUUUUUCUUCACCGCCAGUUGAUUGAGUUUGUUGUAAUCAGCUGAGUUAGAUUGUAUAAAUAGACAUUGUAAAGAAUAAGGAGGUAUUGAAUUUGGGAUUAGAUCA